CCCGUACACUAACUAGCAACUAGCCAACUACCCAAGUCACCUGACCCUGAACUCCAUUGAAGAAGAAGCAACGAAAACUGGGGAAGAACUCCAACCCAGUUGAGACCACUGCAACUCUGCAACAACAACGAUAAUAUGGGAGAUGAACAACUUCACUCCUCAUCUUCAACCCUUCUUCCAUUGUGGUAAUUCUUCUUUCCUAUCUUUCUUUCUUUUCCAUUUCCGGCAUUUCUCCACCAAACAAUCAACUGCUGCUCCCAUUAACGACCGUCAAUUGUGUAUUCAAUUUGUGAGAAAACAUUGCAAAUUAGGGUUUUCCAAUAUCAAUUUCCCCCUUUCCCUCUUCCAUCAAUUAACUUCUUUGCGCCCCCUUCCUUCCAUUAUCGUUUUCAAUCAGCUCUUUACUGCAAUUAACAAAUUGAAACGCCUUAAACCUCAUUCCACCAUUAUAUCUCUUUCCAAGCAGCUUGAGUUACUGGGUAUUUCACCUAAUGGUCAUUCAAUGGGUAUUCUUGCUAAUUCUUACUGUCAUUUAGGCCGUGUCGAUUUCGGGUUCUCUCUUAUUGGUAAAAGCCUCAAACUUGGGUAUCCUCCUAAUUGUAUUACCUUUACCACUUUAAUCAAUGGCUUAAUCCACUGUGAUAAGCUUCCUCAAGCUGCUCAAUUAUUGGAUCAAAUUGUCAAGCUUGGUUUCCAACCUGACAUUUUUACCUAUGCUACUAUGGUCAAAGGUUUUUGUAGGAUAGGCGACAAUGGCGGCGCUCUGAAUUUACUUAACAAAAUGCAAUCAGAAGGUCUUUGUGAGCCUAACAUUGUAAUAUACAGCACUAUUAUUGAUAGUUUUUGCAAGGACAUGCUCUUAAAAGAGGCCCUGAACCUGUUCUCAGCUAUGAAAACUCAGGGCAUUCUACCUAAUGUUGUCACUUAUACCUCCUUGAUUAGAGGUCUGAACAAUUCCGGCUAUCCGGAACAGGCUAAGGCCGUAUUGGAUGAGAUGAUAAAGAGCAAUAUACAACCAGAUGGUAAGACCUAUAGUGUGCUGAUUGACAUGUUUUGUAAGCAUGGGAGUAUUGAUGAAGCACAGGCGAUUCUACAGCUCAUGGUUGACAGAGGUGUGGCUCCAGACAUUGUUACUUACAGUUCUUUACUUAACUGUUUCUGUAUGUGUGGUCAGAUCGAAGAUGCUGAAAAGCUACUUAAUAUGAUGGCCCAAAAUGGUUGCGAGCCUGAUCUUGUCUGUUUCAAUACUCUGAUCAAUGCGUACGUGAAACUUGAAAACAUUGACGAGGCCCUUAACGUAUUCCAAGGACUGUUGCACCAAGGGAUAACACCUGAUGUUAUUACAUAUAACACUCUAAUUGAUGGCUUAUGUAAAGCUAGUAGACUUACACUUGCACACAAUCUAUUCAAGGAAAUGCAAGCUCACGGAAUUAUUCCAAAUGUUGUCACAUAUAAUUCAUUAGUUGAUGGCCUAUGCAAAAGUGGACAGUUUGAGGAGGCAGUUGCAAUUCUUGAAGAUAUGGAAGAUAAAGGUAUUAAGCGUACUACUGUCACUUAUAACAUCCUGAUGAACAUCUUGUGUGAGGCUGGGCAUUCAAAAGUUGCAGUAGAUUUCUUUUCUAAUCUUGUAUUGAAGGGUCUGGUACCUAGUAUUGAAACAUACGAAAAAGAUGGUCUCUCAAAUUCGGCCCUAGGCCUGCUUUCUGCUAUGAAAACUGAAGGAAUUGAACCUAAUGUUGUCACAUUUAACUCCUUGGUUAGAGGUUUGUACAAUUCCGGUUGUCCGGAACAGGCUAAGUUUGUAUUGGAUGAGAUGACACAAAGCAAUAUACAACCAAAUGUUAACACCUACAGCAUGCUAGUUGACAUGUUCUGUAAACACGGGAGUGUUGAUCAAGCACAAGCCAUUUUACAGCUCAUGAUUGAAAGAGGUGUGACUCCAAACGUCAUUACUUACGGUUCUUUACUUGACGGUUAUUGUUUGCGUGGUCAGAUGAAAGAUGCCAAAAAGCUAUUUGAUCUCAUGGUACAAAACGGUUGUGAGCCUGAUCUUGUGAGCUUCAAUAUAAUGACAAAAGGCUACUGCACGAAAGGUCUUAUGAAAGAAGCUAUUCAACUGCUCAUUGAAAUGGAGGAAAGAAACUGUUUUCCAAAUAGUGUAACUUAUAAUACGGUUAUUAGGGGAUUUAUUCAACUCAAUGCCUUAUCAAGUGCGUUAUACUAUCAGGAUGUUAUGGUCAUCAAUGGUUUUGAAGCUGAGGCAAAGACAACAUCGUUGUUUACUGGACUUUUGUCUAAUUAUAAGUGAUAACAUGGAGUUGCUGCAAAAGUCCGUCAACUGGCAGGUACCAAUACUUGCAACCAUUGGGAGUUUGGAGUUUGGUGCUAGUAUAGCCCAUAACUGAAGAGUUCUGUGGCAGGAGAUGAGAUAUUAGCAUUUUGAUUUCUGAUCUUCUGCAGUUGGAUUUCAGGGACUUUUUCUCCUCUCUCUCAGUUAGGAGAUUCAUAAAGCACUUAAAUCUCUGGUGCUCUGCUGUUGGAACUUGGAAGUCAGAUACUACUGGAUGUUGUUUUUGUUUACAACGAAGUCUCUUCUCUUGCUCAGAAGAAAGGGUCCAUAAAAAUAACUCAGGACGGAAUUGAGGUUCUUCGAGAGUAUUAUCCUACAAUGGAGGAAAUUGUCGUUUUAGAGUGUGCCUGGAAAACGGAUAAAUUUGUAUUGGUAGAACAUCUAGUGAAGGCAAGAUUUCUCAUCAAGGUGGGAGUUCAGAAGUAGUACAAACUGUGGGAACAUCUAUAAAGUACCAAAGUAUUGGUGAGUUUCUGGAAGAUUUUGAAUAUGAUUCUGAGAAGGCUGAUGUAAAUGAGGAUGUAGAGACUCUCUAUUUUAUCUUACUCAAUUAUGAUUCUGAUAAGGCGUUGAUGAAGAACUUAGAACCAAGAAGACUAAUGCAGACACAAGGAAGCAAUUUCAAGAGGAAACCUCCUCACCAAAAACUCCUAUCAGUGAAAUAGCGAAUAAGUCUGACGCAUACAAUAUUUUCAAGUUAUCUUCAUCAAAUAAGUCUGAAGCAUACAACUUGAACUACAAUUGGUAACUAUAGUAAGCUAUUUGUUGAAUCUAAUGAUCCUUUUAGGUGACUUGAAAUUCAACUCAAUUGUAUGAUGGGGUUUUGUGCCGGAUUCAUAUUUGUAAUGAACAUCAUUUUUGUUUGGAAUUAGGUGCUUGGAGGUUCAACUCUCUGUAUUAUGCUCUGCUUGUUUCCGAUAAAUAUAUUGGAUCCUUGAUUAUUUAA